AGUAAGCUGGAAAUUGUGUAAAGAAGACCAUUUUCAGUAUCAGAUGGCAGAGGCAAAACCACCCACUAAAGAAUCGGAAUCAACAGCAAAUCCCGAUAAUUACCUCUUUGUCGUCUCCUUGGAUUUUGGGACAACAUAUUCUGGAUAUGCAUUCAGCUCUAGGAGUGAUUUUGAAGAUACCCCUUUGAAUAUCCACACAAUUCAAGAGUGUAGAGCAGGCGGAUCACCUUUGAUAUCGUUGAAAACCGCUACGGCCAUACUUAUAAAUAAGGAUGGAAGCUGCAUUGCAUUUGGUUACGAAGCAGAGGACCAGUUCUACACAGAGAUGGAGAACGACCAACGCGAAGAAGUCAUGCUUUUUAGAAGAUUUAAAAUGAAAUUAUACAACAAAAUGGUCAUAAACGAUGACUUGUCUAUAGAUGAUGUAAGAGGCAGGAAAUACUCUGCAAAGCGUAUUUUUACACUCUCGAUAAAAGCAUUAGUAGACCAUUUUAAGAGUAGUUUCCAGAGACAGAAUGUGUCAGAUAUCAAAGAUGAUGACAUUAAAUGGGUUUUGACUGUUCCUGCAAUUUGGAGUGAAGCUGCAAAGAAAUUUAUGCGUCACUGUGCUACAGAUGCUGGAAUUCAAGAUGAAAUGUUGCUAAUAGCGCUUGAGCCAGAAGCUGCUUCUAUAUUUGUACAAUAUCUUCCGAUGGAAAGAAACAAGAAUGGUUUUGGAAUGACAAAAGAGGGAACCAGAUACAUGGUAGUUGAUAUCGGGGGUGGCACAGCUGACAUAACCGUUCAUGAAAAGGUGAAAGGAGGAAAACUACGAGAACUUCACAAAGCUACGGGUGGGGCAUGUGGUGGAACAGCUGUUGAUGAUGCGUUUGAACGUCGUCUAACUGAAAUUAUAGGGACAGAAGUCAUGAAAUCUCUUCGUGAGAAAAAAACAGAAACCUAUCUUGAUAUAUUUCGUGAAUUUGAAAUUGCAAAACGAGGAUGUAAACCAAAUAGUACAGGAACAAUACGAAUGACGAUUUCAUAUGUUACGCUGAAUGAGCUAUGCCAAGAAAUAGAAGGAAAAACAUUGAAGGAUGCGUUUCUGAAUGCAGAAGGAAUGUGCAUUAAAGGAGACAAGCUGCACAUUAAUGCCGAGACGAUGAAACAAUUUUUUGACCCACCAAUCAAAAAUCUCAUCCAACAUAUGCAAACUAUAUUAAAAAACCCACAGACAAAUGGAAUAUCCAUGAUUUUGCUUGUUGGAGGAUCUGCAGACUCAGCGAUUAUCCAAUCAGAAGUUGAGAAUGAAUUCAAACCAAUGAAGUUGGUUGUACCCCCCGAAGCUGGAUUAGCUGUGCUCAAAGGGGCUGUGAUUUUUGGCCAUUCUCCAACGAUCAUUAUGUCGAGAAUUUUGCGAUUCACUUAUGGAACAGGUGUAGCCCCAGAUUUCGACCAUAACAUUCACAGAGAAGACAAAAAGAUAACAGUAGAUGGGGUUGAUCGAUGUCAGGACUGGUUUAAAGCUAUAGUUACAGCAGGCACAGAGAUAGCAACGGGACAUAAAAUAAAACAAGGAUAUUCAACAGCGUCAAAGAUGCAAAUUGCUGCUUUGGUAAAGAUAUUUUGUUCUCCGCGUACAGAUGUCAAAUACACCGAUGAUGAAGAAUGUUUCGAACUUGGUGAAUUACUCGUACCUCUCCCUGGAAAUCUCAUUGCUGGAUUGCUGCUCGGGAUACGGGAAUAUCCAUUUGCCAUAGAAUACACCUUUGGGGAUACAGAACUUAAAAUGACCGCAAUUGAGAUCAUGACUGGAGAAAAAACUAGUUGUACUCUGGAAAUGAAAGAAGACAGCAAUAAGCAAACUGAAUCUUAGAUGUUUUUAAUAACAUUAAAAAAGGCCAUUUGUACUGAACUUUUGCUUACAUAAAAGGAGAAUUUUUACAGCUUAUUUUAGACGACUCUCUUUAUCACCACACGCAUCGAGAAUAAUAAUGGGAAAUAUGCAAACAGUUUGCAUGGAACUAUCAACAUCGUUAUUUCGAACUUUGGGGGGACUUCAACAUAUCAUCGAGAUAUUCGGGAGAUAUCUGAAGUGGCUUCCCAAAUUUAAUUACGCGAAGCCCCAAUAUUUACACGUUUUAUGGUACGAUAAAUACCGAAUUCCUCUAUUACAUCGACUUUGAUGAAAUAUUUUUUGUUUGUAUUGUUUUUACUUGUGAAAACGCAUAAUAAUAUUUGUAAAACCAACUGAACUAUAAAAUCAAUACCUUUGUUUUAAAAAAAAGACGUUGCAUCUGUUGACGCUCUUCUCUCUCGACUUAUUACAUUUUUGAAUGGGAUGUAGCACUUGCAAUGUAGUUCUAGAAUUUAACGAAACGAAAAAAUGUGGAUUAAAAAAAGAUAACCAAUAAGACAUAUUAAUCAUUACAAUUCAUCACAUGUUUAUCUCAAUAUGCGGUGGAUAUCACUCAUGAGAUAAAUUUUUGAUAUCCCACUGUGUAUUCUUACGCCGUAUGACGUCAUAGAUAAACACUUACUAUAGAUGUGUAGUUUACAAAAUUAAUACGUUAUGUCGGUGAGCAGAAUUCCUAAUAAUACAGUUGUGAAGAUCGACGGAAAGGGUACGGGUGUGGUAAAAUCUUCAAAAUUUGAAAAUGAUGAAACCAUUUAUGAUGUUGAAAUCGAAGGGAUCGAUAUUUGUUUGCCUUUUUCUCAAUAUCGGCUUGAAAUUGUACCGGCGAAAAAGCAGACGAUGGCAAGUACAUCUUCACAUUUCCAAUCAGUUGGGGCUUCAGAUAUAGAUAAAUUUGUAAAUGAUCAAGAAAACAAAAACACUCUCAAAAAAACUAUAUGUGAUAUGAAUUUGCUGAAAUUAUUCCUUGAAGAAACUCAAAAUGAAAAGCGAGCGAUUGAAACCAU